GUAGCAUAGUAGAACAUAUAAGCAUUCACGUCAGAGACGACAUUCAUCUUUGUGUGAAUCAGAUCGGAUCGGCGAAUUCUCAUUCUUCAUUGAACAAUAAGCAGAGGAAAGAAAGGAAGGGAAAAUGGACGCCAUAGAUUCUGUCUUCGAUCCUUUGAGGGAUUUCGCCAAGAACAGCGUUCGCCUCGUCAAGAGGAUAGUCGAAACGAUUCGUAUCGAGUUAUAUGAUAAGAUUUUGCCAGAAGGUAGGAACGAGCAUGCUCUACUCCUGAGUUUCUUGAGAUACCAUGAACACAUUUUCUCGUCAGGGUUUUUGUUCUUUGCUAUCUUAUCUCUAGUCCAGGGGGCUAGUGUUCUGUGGACGAAAUGUAGAUUAAACACUCCCCUUAGUGGAGAUCACCCCCUGCCCCCUGGUAAGGGCAGGAGUUCCGAGUCCCGGGAUUUAGUCCAGGUGGAUGCUGGCUAUCUCUCUGUCUCUGCUGCUGUGGAGUCUGGCCUUUUCUCACACUGUAUGGCUCGUGGGACAAAUAUGAAGCCACGGCUAUGGCGACGACCAAAGCUGACAGUUGAUGGGGGGGAGUCAGAUGUGCUUAGCUUAGAGACUGCUGAAACAAGCCCAUUGAUGGUUUCAUCUUCAACUUCCAUCAUACUCGAAGGUUCACCCUUACUGUGAAGAGCUUGUUUGCGAUGUUGCUUCUGCCUCUGUUUCUUGGUUGGCCGAGCCUUCUUGAAGAACUCAAAACGAAGUGGGCAAUUUGUGCUUGUCCACCAGAUGUUGCUGCCGACUUUUGUAGCUCUUGAACUUCAAACCACAGCCUUCCACAAGGCACUCAUACUGUUACCCACAAAUAGAGGAAGAUUAUUCAU